CAACCUGAUUUCAUCUGCUGCUGUCUCCGAGUUUUUAGUUUCUUUGGAUGCCGCUUUUGAUGAAAUAGCGAGAUUAAAGACUUUGCGCAUUUAAAAGAUCCAGAUAAACAGCAUAUUCCCGAAGGUUAAUAGUUCCUGAAGGGAGAUGAGAGAAGAUAUAACCCCGCUGAAGUCUUUAGAAGCUGUGUUGUCAUGGCAGUCAUCAUCACAAACUGAGCUGGCAAAGAGCACUGUUGAGAUUUCGCACUCCUUCAAUAGAUGCGGAGAUACUCCCAAGACCCUGGUGUGCCAUGACAUGGCAGGGGGGUACCUCAACGACAGGUUUGUUGCAGGCUGUGAUGGGUCUGGAUACCGGUUCUACCACUGGCAGUAUUUGGACAUGUUUAUAUACUUCAGUCACCACUUAGUGACUAUCCCUCCUCCAUGUUGGACUAACACAGCUCACAGGCAUGGAGUCCAAGUACUGGGGACAUUUAUCACAGAGUGGAAUGAUGGGAAGCAGGUAUGUUCAGAAUUCCUUCAGUCAGCACGUGACUACCGUGGCUUGGUUAACAAGAUGGUGGAGAUAAUGAAGUACUAUGGCUUCGAUGGCUGGCUGAUCAAUAUAGAGAAUGUUAUUGAGGAGGAUAAAGUCAGCCACCUUAGAGAGUUUGUCGCCUAUCUCACACAGAGAUGUCACUCAGAGAUCACAGGGUCAAAGGUCAUCUGGUAUGAUAGUGUCACAAGGUCAGGGGAACUGAAAUGGCAGGAUCAACUGAAUGAGGAAAACAAGAUGUUCUUCGAUGCAUGUGAUGGGAUUUUUCUCAACUAUAACUGGGAUGAGACAAAACUACAGACAAGCUACAACAUGGCGGGUACCAAGCGUGCCCAUGACGUGUUUGUGGGUGUGGAUGUGUUUGGGCGUGGCUGCCCCGGGGGUGGAGGAUACAACUCCUGUGAGGCAAUGACGAAGAUUCGUCAAGCCAACUUAUCAGCAGCUAUCUUUGCCCAAGGGUGGGUGUACGAGACACAGGGUGCAGAAAACUUCACAAAGAAUGAGGACAGGUUCUGGCAGCUGUUACAUGACCACUGUUCUACCUCAACCUUCACCAGCCCUCUUCUCUGCACCUCCUUCUGCCAAGGUGAAGGACAAAAAUACUUUUGUAAAGGGGAGGUUGUGAAAGACCGUCCCUGGUAUAACCUGAGUCUGCAGCAGAUACAGCCGUCCUUCAACAUGCACGGUCAGAGGUCAGAGGUCAAGAGCUUAGAGUUCACAACAAGUGAUGGGUACCUGGGUGGCGGCUGUCUUCUACUGAGGGGCGAGGUGGAGAGGGAGAAAGAAAAACUGUGGUUCAAUUUGUUCCAGCUUGAUGCCCCAGUCUCCACAGCGCUGACUGUCACAUUCACAAGCAAGGGGGGAUCCUGACAACAUGCAGCCUGUCCUCAGGCUGACCCUGUCCAAGGGAGACAACUCUCGUGUCCUGUGUCUUGGGGAGGAAGAGGUUGAAGAAGUGGUGAGGAAGAAACUGAAGACUAGUGUGGAGGAAGUGUGGAUCAGCCCCCAUGAACAAGACAGCAGGUUUAACAACUGGCAAAACAGGAAUAAAUGGAAAACAAGAUGUUUCAGGUUAGAGGAGAGGCUGGUGUCUGGGUGGAAGCUACAGGGGGGUCAGUGUGGGGACAUCGGCUGAGGACAAGGAACAGGACUCUGUCUGUCUUUACCUGGGACAGAUCCAGAUUCUCACUGAGCCUCCAUCAAAUCCGUCAUCAAGUGUACAAAACCUUACAUGUUCAUGUCUCAACCAAGAGGAAAGUGAUUCAGGGGGAGAUAACUCCUACAGCCUACAGUGGGAGGAUGCUGGGUACAAGUAUGUGCAGUAUUACAAUGUGUACCAGAUGUCAGGGGACCCUGUCCUGGUGGGACAAACCCUCACCCCCAGCUGUGUCCUAUCCCUGGACAGCAGCUGUGGUAGUGCCCUGUGUGUACAGACUGUCAUGCGAGAUGGCAAUGUUGUACCCCUCACAGACUGUCCUUCCUGUCGUCUUCCAGGCUAAAUGUGUGCGUGUUGUUUUCAAGAAGCAUGUUGGGAAUGAAAGGGUGAUAAUUACUCGCACAUGGAGUAAAACAUGAGUUACAUCUUAUACAUUCUGUGAAUUCUUGAGAGAACAUUCAUUUUCAUCACUACUUAGUUCACAGAAAAAAUAGGGUGUGUUGGUUACAGGUGUAACCAAGCAUCUGACUGAUUGGUCGAUAUAUGGAUAAAACAAAUCUUUAGCAUUUUGCACAAUAUUCAUCUGUAAAAGUGAAUUCAGAAAACUUCUUUUAAAAGCCAAACCAUGUGAUUCACAUAUAUUAUUAAUAGUAAGUGAAUAGCAAGAAAAUGUCAAACCAACUUA